CGGGCGCUGCGGAGCCGGCCAGCCCGGGGAGACGCCGCCGCCGCCGCCUCCUCUCCUCCUCCCCUCCUCCCCUUCCCGCCCCGGCCGCGUCCGUCAACAUGGCGAGCGCCUCGUACCACAUCUCCAACCUGCUGGAGAAAAUGACAUCCAGCGACAAGGACUUCAGGUUUAUGGCUACUAAUGACUUGAUGACAGAACUACAGAAAGAUUCUAUCAAGCUGGAUGAUGACAGUGAAAGAAAGGUGGUGAAGAUGAUUUUGAAAUUACUGGAAGAUAAGAAUGGUGAGGUGCAAAACUUGGCUGUCAAAUGCCUUGGACCUUUGGUGAGUAAAGUGAAGGAGUAUCAAGUGGAGACCAUUGUAGAUACUCUCUGUACAAACAUGCUCUCAGACAAAGAACAGUUACGUGACAUUUCAAGCAUUGGUCUUAAAACUGUGAUUGGAGAACUCCCCCCAGCUUCCAGUGGUUCUGCAUUAGCAGCUAAUGUUUGCAAAAAGAUCACGGGACGUCUCACGAGUGCUAUAGCCAAGCAGGAAGAUGUGUCUGUUCAACUGGAGGCACUGGAUAUCAUGGCUGAUAUGCUGAGCAGGCAAGGAGGACUGCUUGUUAACUUCCAUCCUUCAAUUCUGACCUGUCUGCUCCCCCAGCUGACCAGCCCAAGACUUGCUGUGAGGAAAAGAACCAUCAUUGCUCUUGGUCACCUGGUUAUGAGUUGUGGCAAUAUGGUUUUUGUUGACCUCAUUGAACAUCUGUUGACAGAGCUGUCUAAAAAUGAUUCCAUGUCAACAACUAGGACCUAUAUACAGUGUAUUGCUGCUAUCAGUAGGCAAGCAGGUCACAGAAUAGGUGAAUAUCUUGAGAAAAUAAUUCCUUUGGUUGUAAAGUUUUGUAAUGUAGAUGAUGAUGAACUACGGGAGUAUUGCAUUCAAGCCUUUGAAUCUUUUGUUAGGAGGUGUCCUAAAGAAGUUUAUCCCCAUGUAUCUACUAUUAUAAACAUUUGUCUUAAAUAUCUUACGUAUGAUCCUAAUUACAAUUAUGAUGAUGAGGAUGAAGAUGAAAAUGCUAUGGAUGCAGAUGGUGGUGAUGAUGAUGAUCAAGGGAGCGAUGAUGAAUAUAGUGAUGACGAUGACAUGAGCUGGAAAGUGAGGCGUGCAGCUGCUAAAUGUCUGGAUGCUGUGGUUAGCACACGACAUGAAAUGCUUCCAGAAUUCUACAAAACUGUAUCUCCUGCUUUAAUAGCCAGAUUCAAAGAACGUGAAGAGAAUGUCAAAGCAGAUGUUUUUCAUGCAUAUCUUUCUCUUUUAAAACAAACUCGACCUGUGCAAAGUUGGCUUUGUGAUCCUGAUGCAAUGGAACAAGGAGAGACACCUUUGACAAUGCUUCAGAGUCAGGUCCCCAACAUAGUUAAAGCCUUGCACAAACAGAUGAAGGAGAAAAGUGUGAAGACUCGUCAGUGUUGCUUUAACAUGCUGACUGAACUAGUAAAUGUGUUACCUGGAGCCCUAACACAGCAUGUUCCUGUACUUGUACCAGGAAUAAUUUUUUCACUGAAUGACAAAUCAAGUUCUUCUAAUCUGAAGAUAGAUGCUUUGUCCUGUUUGUAUGUGAUCCUCUGCAAUCAUUCUCCCCAAGUCUUUCAUCCUCAUGUUCAAGCAUUGGUACCUCCGGUUGUAGCUUGUGUUGGAGACCCAUUUUACAAGAUAACAUCAGAGGCACUUUUGGUUACCCAACAACUUGUGAAGGUUAUUCGUCCAUUAGAUCAGCCUACUUCCUUUGAUGCUACUCCUUACAUCAAAGAUUUGUUUACUUGUACAAUCAAGAGAUUAAAGGCUGCUGACAUUGAUCAGGAGGUCAAAGAAAGGGCAAUAUCUUGCAUGGGUCAAAUAAUUUGUAGCCUUGGUGACAGCCUAGGCACAGACCUGCCUAGUACGCUUCAGAUCUUUCUAGAGAGACUGAAGAAUGAGAUCACUCGGUUAACUACAGUGAAGGCCAUGACAUUAAUUGCUGGUUCUCCUUUGAAGAUAGAUUUGAGACCAAUCCUUGGGGAAGGAGUUCCUAUUCUUGCUUCUUUUUUGAGAAAGAACCAGCGAGCUUUGAAACUGGGCACUCUUUCUGCUCUAGAUAUUCUAAUUAAGAAUUACAGUGACAGCUUGACAGCUGCCAUGAUUGACGCUGUCCUGGAUGAGCUUCCACCUCUGAUUAGUGAAAGUGAUAUGCACGUAUCACAGAUGGCCAUCAGUUUUCUAACAACACUGGCUAAAGUAUAUCCUUCCUCCCUGUCAAAGAUUAGUGGCUCCAUUCUCAAUGAACUUAUUGGGCUGGUAAGAUCACCUCUACUUCAGGGUGGAGCACUUAGUGCCAUGCUAGAAUUUUUCCAAGCUUUGGUUGUGACUGGUACAAAUAAUUUAGGCUAUAUGGAUUUACUGCGCAUGUUAACGGGUCCAGUGUACUCACAGAGCACAGCACUUACUCACAAGCAGUCUUACUAUUCCAUUGCCAAAUGUGUUGCUGCCCUUACUCGAGCCUGCCCUAAGGAAGGACCAGCUGUUGUAGGUCAGUUCAUUCAAGAUGUUAAGAACUCAAGGUCCACAGAUUCCAUUCGUCUUUUGGCUUUGCUUUCUCUUGGGGAAGUUGGGCAUCAUAUCGACUUAAGUGGACAAAUUGAGCUGAAGUCUGUAAUACUAGAAGCAUUCUCUUCUCCCAGUGAAGAAGUAAAAUCGGCAGCAUCUUACGCCUUAGGCAGCAUUAGUGUUGGCAAUCUUCCUGAGUAUCUGCCAUUUGUCCUACAAGAAAUAACUAGUCAACCUAAGAGGCAAUACCUUCUUCUUCAUUCCUUGAAAGAAAUAAUUAGCUCUGCGUCAGUGAUUGGUCUCAAACCAUAUGUUGAGAACAUCUGGGCCUUACUCCUGAAACACUGUGAAUGUGCAGAAGAGGGCACAAGGAAUGUUGUUGCUGAAUGCUUGGGCAAGCUUACAUUAAUAGACCCAGAGACUCUGCUUCCACGACUCAAGGGAUACUUGGCAUCAGGGUCCUCAUACGCUCGAAGUUCAGUGGUUACUGCUGUUAAAUUCACUAUUUCUGAUCAUCCACAACCCAUAGACCCACUCUUGAAGAACUGCAUAGGUGAUUUUCUGAAAACAUUGGAGGACCCAGAUCUCAAUGUCAGGAGAGUAGCCCUGGUGACGUUUAACUCAGCCGCCCACAAUAAACCAUCUUUGAUAAGGGACCUCUUAGAUACUGUGCUUCCUCAUCUUUACAAUGAAACAAAAGUCAGAAAGGAAUUAAUCAGAGAGGUGGAAAUGGGACCAUUUAAACAUACAGUUGAUGAUGGCUUGGACAUAAGGAAAGCGGCUUUUGAGUGCAUGUAUACUUUACUGGAUAGCUGUUUGGAUAGACUAGAUAUAUUUGAAUUCUUAAACCAUGUUGAAGAUGGCCUGAAGGAUCACUAUGAUAUUAAGAUGCUGACCUUUUUAAUGUUAGUGAGACUGUCUACCCUUUGUCCAAGUGCGGUGCUGCAGAGAUUGGAUAGGCUUGUUGAACCUUUGCGUGCUACGUGUACAACUAAGGUAAAGGCAAACUCGGUGAAACAGGAGUUUGAAAAGCAAGAUGAACUAAAACGAUCUGCCAUGAGGGCUGUAGCAGCACUUCUAACCAUUCCAGAAGCAGAGAAGAGUCCAUUAAUGAGUGAAUUUCAGUCACAGAUAAGCUCUAACCCUGAGCUGGCAGCCAUCUUUGAAAGUAUCCAAAAAGAUUCAUCAUCCACUAACUUGGAAUCAAUGGACACUAGUUAGAUGUUUGUCCAAAAUGGGGACCAUUAUGUUGAACCAUAUAAUGCACUGAAUUGACAGGUUAUAAGUAAGAAACAGAAAAAGCAUCUAAUUACACAUUGUUCCACUUCAUUUACCUUUAUGGAGACAGUUGGCUUUUCCCAUAAUUGCUUUUCUAGCAUUUCCAGAAAUGUAUUUCCAUAAUCCAGAAUUCGUUAACCACUCUUUGUUUUAGUGGAUUUGACCACAUUUGGGAAUUAAAAAGUUGAUGCAUGAUGUAUGGAAAUAGGUUCCAACAUCCAUUUGCCCUGUAAUGUUUAGGAUUAAAAUGUCAAAAUUUUGUGACCAUGAUUUUUUUUUUUCUUUUGUUCACUCUUUCUACUUGUAAACAAAAAAGGGGGGGAGGUGGGAAUCAGAUGUCCAGGUGCACCAUGUUUUUUGUAUAACUUUUUAUUCUUUUUUGUUUCAGCUUCAUAAAUUGAUUUGGCUGGCAGAUGAAUUAUGUGUAAGAUUUAUUAUAUUAAAAAGGUGGUUUGGGCACAGUUCAAAAAAAGCAGACACAAAUGUCAUUUUUACAGAUGUGGGGAUUAGAAAACCAAUAUCCCUGUUGUGCACACUAAUUUUGCAUGAGCAAGUUUACAAAUAUAUAUUGUCUGUAAAACAGCAUGUGCAGUUUAUUCGUAAUGCAAGUUAAAAUAAGUUCUACUGUAUCAGUGCAGUUUUCAGGUAUUUUGACAUACAGGCCACUCAUGCAGGAAGGGAUGAAUUAAAGUUUGUUCUCUUAACCUGGCUUUUUUAAAUGCCAGUAAUAUAACACUGCAGAUAUUCUUACAGUAAAUGUGACAAUUUCUGCAGUUUCCAUGGGUGUUCAUUCUCAAAGACUGGAUCCACUGGAAUUGAGGUGGACAAACCAUAAGAUUGGAGGGAAAUCGGAUGAGGUGGAGGUAAAAUGAGCAGAGAAAACAAUAGCUGCUCAGUGGCUCCUAAACUCUGGAUUCAACUGUGCUUUUGUUAUAAAAGUAUGAAGGAAGUUUCUUUAGUGGAUUCUAUCUCCUGUUCUUCAUCCAACAGAUUUUGUUAAGGCACUAAUAUAUGGUGCUACCUAGACAAGUAUUGCCAGACCAUCAUUUUGUUCCUGUUGGAAUGUUUUCUGGCACGUGGGACCACCAGUAGGUUGCAAAGCUGCAAGUGUCAUACAGUAUUCUGGUGAGACAGGAAACAGGGAAUGGUCAAAAGAGUGGAGAGAGAUAAAAAAGCCAACAGAAGAAAAAGUUCUUCUGUGAACAUGCUGAGGUAUUUUAUAAGCAGACCAGAAGUGGAUAGCUGGCAGUCCUGCCAUGAACUAGAAUUGGGAAUUCAAUAACAAAAAAGAGAGGAGCCACUGCCUCAAAUUGACACUUACCAUUACUUGUUAGAUGCAACUGCUUAGUUGUCUUCUCCCCCUCCCCAAAUCAGAUCUGAAUUUGAUUUUUCUUUAGUUAACUGGUAUUUUUUAGCUAGUUUGGUAUUUUUGAAACGUGGGUACGUGGCGUAAGCUGCUACAUGACUAAACAAGCAUACAUUCUUAUGACCUCAGAGACAGUUUCCUGUGAGCAUUGGGGCUUGGGGGCAAAAUCUUCACCUUACAUGCUUGCAGCUUGGGAAAAGCAGAGUAGAUAUUGGUACAUUUUACCUUAAUAGAAGGACCUGAACAAAGAAAUCUUUGAACUCAUUGAAUAGUAACAAUUCUAAUGCUGUAGAAUUUUUUGAAAAUGUAGCUUUCUCUGUCUCCAAAGUCUUCAUACUGAUGUAACAAUUGUCUUCUAGAAGUAGUAAUAAAUGAGAUUAAACAUA